AUGUUUACAAAUAAUUUAGAGAAUCAGCAAAAAAAGAAACAGGUUCAAUCGCGUAAUAACUUGGCUUCACAGUGUGAUGAAAAUUCAGUAACAUCUCAAAAUUUAGUUUAUAAUAAAGAAACUGGUUUUACCGCUGCCGUUGUCAACCCAAUAAACCCAAAAGUCAAUCCAAACAUGAUUAUAUCGUCUAUUGCGAGAACUACAAAAAACAAUAAUACAUCAAUGUUAGCACCACAUGUUAAUAAUUACUUUUUAAGAAAGUUGAUUUCUACAAAUUCUACAACUACCACCACUGGUGGUAAUAUUGGUGCACGUAAAAGGGUAGCUUUAGACGAUGUUAGUAAUAUUAAUAAUGUACCAAAUAUAGUUACAAACACCACCAAAAUUAGAAGUGAUAAUGUCAUUUUACCUACAAAACGGCCAAUUCCUGCAAGUACAUCAACGGUGUCCACAACAACAACAAAUUUGAAAAAAAGGACUGCUGCGACUGUUGCACAACAACAACAAUUAAAAAAUCAACAAACCAGUAAUAACUGUGUUAAUGUUAGUGAUAAUGUAAUCGAAAAAAAACAAAAAAUUGAAUCAAGAGCUAAAAAAAUUGCAAACCGAAUAUUACCUACAACAAAAACUACAUCCACGACCACUAAC